AAAUAUUUGACGCACUAGCUAUACAUUACAAGGAAGUGUUUAAAAGAUACAACUUUUUUAAAUUUGACUGUCAAAAUCCGUACGAAGUGAUGGCAAGAGUGGAUUUAGAGAUGUCUCAUUUAGAAACAGAAAUGAAUAAUAUACAAGAAUCCGGUUCAUUGUUUGAAGUGAAUGUACCAGAGUUUAAAAUACUGAAGCAGUGUAGAAAAGAACUGCGAAUGCUAAAACAACUUUGGGACUACGUAUACAUAGUGAAAACUAGUAUUGAGAAUUGGAAAACUACUCCAUGGCGGAAAAUUGAUGUGGAAAAUAUGGACAUAGAAUGUAAAAAGUUUGCAAAAGAAAUCAGACUUUUAGAUAAGGAAAUGAGGGGUUGGGAUACUUACAUCAACUUAGAGGCUAAUGUAAAAAAUAUGUUGACGUCUGUACGAGCUGUUGGUGAACUGCAAAAUCCAGCCAUCAGAGAUCGUCACUGGGAUCAGUUACUGACAAGCACGAAGAUUCGAAUUGUAAUGGAUGAAAAUGCCACACUCGCUGAUUUACUACUUCUGAACCUUCACGAAUGUGUUGAGGAAGUAAAAAAUAUAGUAGACAAAGCUGUAAAAGAGAUGUCAAUGGAAAAAGUUCUUAGAGACCUAGAUGCGACAUGGAAAAGAAUGGAGUUUGAUCAAGAUAUCCAUCCGAAAAAUGGUGCCCUAUUGCUAAAAGCUAGGGAAGAGCUGAUAGAAACUUUAGAAGAAAAUCAGGUUUUGGUCCAAAAUUUAAUGACGUCAAAGUAUAUUGCGCACUUCUUGAAAGAAGUCUCGUGCUGGCAGCACAAGUUAUCCACCGCAGACCAAGUGAUUACCAUGUGGUUCGAGGUGCAACGGACUUGGGCUAACAUGGAGAGCAUAUUCAUGAGUUCUGAUGACAUCAGGAUACAAUUACCUGAAGAUUCAGACAGAUUUGAUAAAAUUGAUGCAGCAUUUAGGAAUUUAUCUAUAGAAAUGGCCAAAACUCCAAACGUAGUGAAAGGAACUAACCAAGAAGGGUUAAUUGAGAAACUCGAAGAUUUACAGAAUGAUUUGCUUCUUUGCGAAAAAGCACUCUCGGAAUAUUUAGAAACGAAAAGAUUGGCAUUCCCAAGAUUUUAUUUUGUGUCUUCAGCGGACCUUUUGGAUAUUUUGUCUAAUGGUGAUCAAGCUGAUCUUGUAAUAAGACAUCUCACAAAACUUUUUGACUCAAUGGCAAUUCUGAGGUUUAUUGAAAGCGAGAACCCUGAAGAAAAAUUGGCAAUGGGAAUGAUAGCCAAGGACACUGAAUAUGUGCCAUUCCACGGGACGUGUGACUGUACUGGCCCAGUAGAAAUAUGGUUAAAUAGACUCCAAGACAUGAUGAGGUCCACGAUUCGUCAAUAUUUUGAAGAUGCUGUAAUCUCUCUCGAAGUAAAACCACGAGAAGAGUGGCUUUUCGAUUUCAUGGCCCAAGUAUCUCUCUGUGGUUCGCAAAUUUGGUGGACCACCGAAGUGAAUAACGCCUUUGUAAGAAUAGAAGGUGGUUAUGAAAAUGGUUUGAAAGAUUAUUACAAAAAACAGUUGCAUCAACUUAGUACGUUGAUCACUCUACUGAUAGGGGAGCUCAGUAAGCAGGAUAGGCAGAAGGUGAUGACAAUUUGUACUAUUGAUGUCCAUUCGAGAGAUGUAGUCAACAAAUUGAUCUUGGCUAAGGUGGAUGAAGGUUCAUCUUUUCAAUGGCAAUCGCAACUGAGACACAGAUGGGGCAAGGCUGAAGGGCACUGUUUUGCCAAUAUCUGCGAUGCGCAAUUCAAAUACAGUUACGAAUACUUGGGAAACACUCCAAGACUGGUCAUAACACCAUUGACUGACAGGUGCUACAUCACGCUAACUCAGUCUUUACAUCUUAUAAUGGGAGGAGGCCCAGCAGGCCCAGCUGGUACAGGGAAAACAGAAACUACGAAAGACUUAGGAAGAGCUUUGGGCAUUAUGGUUUAUGUCUUCAACUGCUCUGAGCAAAUGGAUUAUCAGUCUUGUGGUAAUAUUUAUAAAGGAUUAGCACAAACAGGAGCUUGGGGAUGCUUUGAUGAGUUCAACAGGAUCUCUGUUGAAGUGCUAUCCGUAGUAGCAGUACAAGUGAAAUCUAUACAGGAUGCCAUAAGGGACAAAAAACAGCAGUUCAAUUUCAUGGGAGAAAUAAUAUCAUUAGUACCAAGCGUUGGAGUAUUUGUAACAAUGAAUCCAGGUUAUGCAGGCAGAACGGAAUUGCCAGAAAAUCUAAAGGCAUUGUUCAGACCUUGCGCCAUGGUUGUACCAGAUUUCGAAUUAAUUUGUGAAAUCAUGUUGGUAGCUGAAGGUUUUCAAGAGGCAAAAAUCCUUGCGAGCAAGUUCAUAACUUUGUACACCUUGUGUAAGGAGCUGUUGUCAAAGCAAGAUCAUUAUGAUUGGGGACUGAGAGCUAUAAAAUCUGUAUUAGUAGUAGCGGGUUCUUUGAAGAGAGGAGAUCCUGGUCGUCCUGAAGAAGAAGUGUUGAUGAGGACGCUACGGGACUUCAAUAUUCCUAAAAUUGUAAUUGAUGACAUGUCAGUAUUUAUUGGUCUUGUUAGCGACUUAUUCCCGGCUAUAGAUGUACCACGCAGGAGAGAUUUAGAUUUUGAGAAGAUUGUAAAGCAAGCAGCUAGAGAUCUUCUCCUGCAAGCUGAAGACAAUUUCGUUAUGAAGGUUGUCCAAUUAGAAGAGUUAUUGGAGGUGCGGCAUUCUGUGUUUGUUGUCGGUAAUGCUGGUUGUGGCAAAACUCAAGUAUGGAAAACUCUUUUCAAAACGUACCAAAACAUUGAAAAGAAACCAAUCUUCAACGAUUUGAAUCCAAAAGCAGUAACCAAUGAUGAAUUGUUUGGUAUCAUCAAUCCAGCAACCAGAGAAUGGAAAGAUGGUCUCUUCUCGGUUAUAAUGAGAGAUCAAGCUAAUUUAGGGGGAGACAACCCGAAAUGGAUUGUCUUAGAUGGGGAUAUAGAUCCGAUGUGGAUCGAGUCGUUGAAUACUGUGAUGGAUGACAAUAAAAUAUUGACAUUGGCCAGUAAUGAAAGAAUUGCUGUUACUCCCUCUAUGCGGCUUAUGUUUGAGAUUUCUAAUUUACGGACUGCUACUCCAGCUACGGUGUCUAGAGCUGGUAUUCUUUAUAUCAACCCUCAAGAUUUGGGAUGGAAUCCUUAUGUUACGAGUUGGAUUGAAACAAGGGAAGAUCCAACUGAAAAAGCAAAUUUAGUUAACCUUUUCGAUAAUUACGUCCCGUCGUGUGUAGAAACGUUAGGAGGCAGAUUUAAAACGAUAACUCCUAUAGUAGAGAUGGCUCAUAUUCAGAUGUUGUGUCAUCUGCUAGAGUGCUUGUUUAUCCCGGCAAAUACUCCAGUCGGCUGCCCGAAGGAAUGGCAUGAAAUAUACUUCGUGUUUGCUUGUGUUUGGGCGUUUGGAUCAGCGUUGUAUCAUGAGCCAGGGAUUGAUUACAGAAUGGAGUUUUCCAAGUGGUGGGCGAAAGAAUACAAAUCCGUCCCAUUCCCACCAGAAGGAUCAGUGUUCGACUACUUUAUAAAUGAGAAGAAACAAUUCAUUCCUUGGACAGAGAAAAUACCAAAAUUUGAAUUGGACACCGACACUCCAUUACAAGCUGUACUAGUACCGACAGCAGAAACAUUGAGAGUGAGGUUCUUUUUGGAUUUGCUAAUGAAAGACAAACAUCCAGUAAUGUUGGUCGGUGGUGCUGGUUGCGGCAAAACUGUCUUAGUUAAUGAAAAGUUGCAGUCACUUCCAGAAAACUACGCCAUCCAAUCAGUACCAUUUAAUUUCUACACAACAUCUGAAAUGCUGCAGAAGAUUUUAGAAAAACCUCUAGAGAAAAAGGCCGGUCGAAAUUACGGUCCUCCAGGGAAUAAGACUCUGAUUUACUUCAUAGAUGACAUGAACAUGCCCGAAGUAGAUGCUUACGGAACUGUUCAACCACAUACUAUAAUAAGGCAGCACAUAGACUACCAUCAUUGGUAUGACCGUACCAAGCUCUCCCUAAAAGAUAUUCACAAUACACAGUACGUUUCUUGUAUGAAUCCAAAGUCAGGAAGUUUUACAAUCAACCCAAGACUGCAGAGACACUUCUCUGUGUUUGCUGUCAGCUUUCCCAAUAACGAGGCGCUGAAUUAUAUUUAUUACUCCAUUUUGUAUCAGCAUUUGACUAACCCGGAGUUUAGGAUUAACCCUUUGGUUAUAAAAUUAUCUUCAACUAUGGUCAAAGUUACAAUAUUAUUGCAUAACAAAGUCAAUCAAAUAUUUCUUCCCACUGCGUUGAAAUUCCAUUACAUCUUCAAUCUUCGAGAUUUGUCCAAUAUUUUCCAGGGUUUUCUAUUCACCACCAAUGAGUGCUUACUGAAUCCAUCAGAUUUGAUUCGGCUAUGGAUACAUGAAACUAGUCGAGUAUACGGAGACAAAUUGACAGAGGAAAAAGAUAUCGAAGCCUUUGCGAAAAUGCAAGUUGACAUGCUAAAGAAGAAUUUAGAUGAGAUAGAAGACCAGGUAGUUUUCAAGAAACCUAACAUUUAUUGUCAUUUUGCUGACGGAAUUGGUGACCCCAAGUAUAUGCCAAUAGAAUCGUGGGAGCAUUUGAGCAAACUUCUCAACGAAGCUAUGGCAAGCUACAACGAUCUCAUUGCAGCUAUGAGCUUAGUGCUGUUCGAAGAUGCUAUGGCACAUAUUUGCAGGAUCAGUCGCAUCUUAGAGAGUCCUCGAGGCAGCGCCCUUUUAGUUGGUGUAGGUGGUUUUGGAAAACAGUCGUUAUCGCGAUUAGCUGCAUUUAUAUCUACUCUGGAAGUCCUGCAAAUUCAGUUAAAGAAAGGCUAUGGAGUUGCUGAUUUGAAGAAUGAACUUAAUGGCCUGUACAUAAAAACUGGCCUCAAGAAUGUAGGUGUAAUGUUCUUAAUGACGGACGCACAGGUGGCUAACGAACAAUUCCUAGUGCUCAUAAAUGAUUUGUUAGCAUCUGGCGAGGUAGCUGAUCUAUUUCCUGAUGAUGAAGUUGAAAAUAUAUUGGGCGCUGUGAGAAAUGAGGUCAAAGCAGCAGGAUUACCAGAUACAAGAGAAGUAUGUUGGAAGUUUUUCAUAGACCGAGUCCGUAAGCAACUGAAGGUGGUUCUGUGCUUCUCACCAAUAGGAUCCACUUUGAGAGUCAGAGCCAGGAAGUUCCCGGCUCUGAUCAACUCUACUUCUAUCAAUUGGUUCCACGAAUGGCCGCAAGAGGCUUUGGUGACGGUGGCCAUGACUUUUUUGCAAAAUUUGGAAGCGCUACCAGAACCACUGAAGGAUUCAGUUGCAAAGUUCAUGUCCUAUGUACAUACUUCAGUAAACAACAUUUCAAGAGAUUAUCUAGCUAAUGAUCGCAGAUACAAUUACACGACCCCUAAAAGUUUCUUGGAGCAAAUCAGUCUUUACUCGAAAUUGAUAACGCACAAAUCUGUAGAUCUGUGCGAGAAAAUAAUAAGGUUAGAGAAUGGACUGGAGAAACUCCGCUGUACUGCAGUACAAGUGGCUGAGCUGAAGAAAAAGCUGGCUGUUGAGGAGAUUGACCUGGCGCAGAAGAACGCCAUCGCUGACAAACUUAUCGAGAACGUCGGCAUUGAGACUGCUAAAGUUACUGUUGAGAAAGAACUGGCCGAUGACGAGGAGGAGAGAGUUGCUGUCAUAGCUGACGAGGUGAAGAAAAAACAGAAAGACUGCGCUGAAGAUUUGAUCAAAGCAGAGCCAGCUCUCCAGGCUGCUCAGGAAGCUUUGAACACACUGAAUAAAGCCAACCUCACUGAACUGAAGUCUUUCGGCUCUCCACCCGAUGCUGUGACUAAUGUAACUGCUGCUGUGAUGGUCAUCAUGGCUCCUAAUGGCAAAAUACCGAAGGAUAGGAGCUGGAAAGCAGCUAAGCUGGUGAUGUCAAAAGUUGACGUGUUCCUAGAUGCCCUUAUAAAUUACGAUAAAGAAAACAUACAUCCUGAUGUCAUCAAAGCUAUACAGCCAUAUUUGAAAGACGCUGAAUUUGAACCAGAGUUCAUAAGAUCAAAAUCAGCUGCAGCAGCUGGUCUUUGUGCCUGGGUGAUAAACAUCAUAAAGUUCUAUGAGGUGUUCUGCGAAGUCAUGCCGAAGAGGAACGCAUUGUUAGCCGCCAAUGCUGAGCUGGCUGAGGCGCAAGAGAGCUUGAAAAACAUCAAGGCUAAAGUAGCUGCACUUGAAGCGCUAUUAGCUUCGUUGACGGCUCAGUUCCAAAAAGCCGUGGCCGAGAAGAUGAAAUGCCAAGCCAAGGCUGAUGCCACCAACGCCAUCAUCUCUCUAGCCAACCGACUCGUCAACGGACUGGCCAGUGAGAAUAUUCGCUGGGCUGAGGCGAUACAGAGCACAACCUUGCCUGGGGAUAUCCUGCUGGUGUGUGCCUUUAUAUCAUACGUGGGCUGCUUCACCAAGCCGUAUCGUCUUGAAUUGCAGAGGCUAUGGCUUAACUAUUUGAAGAUGUUAGAUCCCGCAGUACCCACAACUGAAGGUUUGGAUCCCUUGACGAUGUUGACAGAUGACACGCAAAUCGCCAUGUGGCAGAACGAAGGACUACCUUCAGAUCGGAUGAGCACCGAGAAUGCUACUGUACUCUCCAACUCUGACAGAUGGCCUUUGAUGAUUGAUCCACAGCUUCAAGGCGUGAAAUGGAUCAAGCAAAAGUAUGGUGAUAAGCUACAAGUCAUCCGACUUGGGCAAAAGGGCUACUUGGAGACGAUAGUAGACGCCGUCGUCAAAGGAGACAUCGUUCUCCUAGAGAACAUUGGAGAGACUGUCGACCCCGUGCUUGAUCCGUUGCUGGGGAGAAUUUUGAUCAAGAAAGGAAAGGCAAUUAAGAUCGGUGAUAAAGAAGUAGAGUAUAACCCAAAUUUUCGAUUGAUCAUUCACACGAAGUUAGCAAAUCCGCACUACCAGCCUGAAAUGCAAGCUCAAACAACCCUGGUUAACUUCACCGUAACCAGGGACGGUCUUGAAGACCAGCUCUUAGCCGAAGUAGUCAAAGCCGAAAGACCAGAUUUGGAAAGCUUGAAAGCUGAAUUAACGAGACAGCAAAAUGAAUUUAAAAUCAAGUUAAAAGAAUUAGAAGACAAUCUACUGUCGAGCCUUUCGUCUGCAGGAGAAAAUAUAUUAGCAAAUCCUGCAUUGGUAGAUAACUUAGAAACGACGAAAAAUACUGCUGAUGAUAUUGAACGAAAGGUAAAUGAAGCGAAGGUUACUUCUUGUGAAAUAGAUAUAGCACGUGAAUUCUACCGACCAGCAGCAGCCAGAGCUUCACUUUUGUACUUCAUUCUCAACGAUCUGAAUAUUAUCAACCCAAUCUACCAGUUUUCCUUAAAGGCCUUCAGUGUAGUAUUCCUAAAAGCGUUAAGUCGAGCGGAGCCAGCGAGUGACUUGCAAGAGCGCAUUAAGAACCUUAUAGACUGCAUUAGCUUCUCCGUCUUUCAGUAUACUUCCAGAGGGUUGUUUGAGUGUGACAAACUUAUAUUUGCGUCGCUUGUGACCUUCCAGAUACUUGUGAUGAGUGAAGAAAUAUCUCCAGAAGAACUGGACUUCUUACUCCGGUUCCCUGUCAAACCACACGUAGCUAGCCCAGUAGACUUUCUUUCUGACCAUAGUUGGGGAGGCAUCUGCUCUCUAUCUGGAAGGUUGGAGUUCACAAACCUUGAUAGAGAUAUCGAGUCUGCUCCUCUUAAAUGGAAGAAAGUCGUUGAGAUGGAAUGCCCUGAGCGAGAGAAGUUUCCUCAAGAUUGGGAGGAUAAAACACCACUCCAACGUCUAUGUAUGAUGCGAGCCUUACGACCUGAUAGAAUGGUAUAUGCAGUAGCAGCAUUCAUUGAAGAGAAGAUGGGUGGUAAAUACACAGAAAAUAGAACCAUGGAAUUCAGCAAGUCGUUCGAGGAGACUAGCUCUACUACUCCGAUAUUCUUCAUACUGUCUCCUGGAGUGAACCCACUGACUGACGUAGAAAGCUUGGGUAAAGCCAUGGGGUACACCAUUGAUGGUGGAAACUUCCACAAUGUAUCGCUGGGUCAAGGUCAAGAAAUAGUGGCUGAGCAGGCUAUGGAUAUGGCUGUAAAAGAGGGGCAAUGGGUGGUAUUACAGAACAUUCACUUGGUGAAAAAGUGGCUUCCGACACUCGAGAAGAAGAUGGAAAGUUUUACCAGUGGUUGUCACGACGAUUUCAGAUUGUUCAUGUCAGCCGAGCCUGCUGAAUCAGCGGAGUCCCAUAUCAUACCGCAGGGAAUCCUGGAGUCCAGCAUAAAGAUCACUAACGAACCACCCACAGGAAUGCUGGCAAACAUUCACAAAGCACUGGACAAUUUCACUCAAGAAACUCUAGAGAUGUGUGGCAAAGAUACCGAGUUUAAAGGCAUUCUGUUUGCUCUCUGCUACUUCCAUGCCGUUGUAGCAGAAAGGAGAAAGUUUGGACCACAAGGGUGGAACAAAGUAUAUCCCUUCAACGUUGGUGACUUGUCUAUAAGCGUUUUGGUAUUGUACAACUAUUUGGAAGCGAAUGAGUUUGUGCCUUGGGACGACUUGAGAUAUCUUUUCGGUGAAAUUAUGUACGGCGGUCAUAUCACUGACGACUGGGAUCGGCGUCUUUGCAACGCGUAUUUAGAAGAACUCAUGCAACCUGAUUUAGUUGAAGGUGAGCUAGAAUUAGCGCCUGGUUUCAUAGCUCCUCCUAAUACAGACUACCCUGGUUACCAUCAGUACAUAGAAGAUAAGUUGCCACCAGAAUCACCUUACUUAUACGGACUCCAUCCCAACGCAGAAAUAGGCUUUCUGACCACCACUUCUGAGAACCUCUUCAGGACCAUAUUCGAAAUGCAGCCGAGGGACAGUCAGGCUUCUGGUGGAGCUACUGUUACAAGGGAAGAAAAGGUAAAACUAAUGAUAGAUGAAAUCCUGGAGAAGCUGCCAGUAGAAUACAACAUGGUAGAGAUAAUGAACAGAGUGGAGGAACGGACGCCGUACAUAGUCGUGGCAUUCCAGGAGUGUGAGAGGAUGAACGCCCUCACCGGCGAGAUGAAGCGUUCGCUGAGAGAGCUAGAUUUAGGCUUGAAGGGGGAACUGACAAUAACAUCGGUUAUGGAAGAAUUGGAUAAUGCACUAUUUUUGGACCAGGUUCCAGUAAUAUGGUCUAGUAAGGCAUACCCUUCCUUGUUGGGGCUGGCAGCAUGGUUCAUAGACUUGACCCUUCGAAUCAAAGAACUUCAGGCAUGGGCCACUGACUUUAUUCUACCACCAUCAAUAUGGCUACCAGGUUUCUUCAACCCUCAGAGUCUUCUGACAGCUAUAAUGCAAAGCACAGCUCGAAAGUAUGAGUUGCCUCUGGAUAAAAUGUGUCUCCAGUGUGAUGUUACGAAGAAAAUGAUAAAAGAUUUCACGUCAGGUCCUCAAGACGGAGCGUUCGUCCACGGACUGCUGAUGGAAGGUGCCCGCUGGGACGUCCUGGCGGGGGUUAUCGCAGACUCUUUGCUAAAGGAACUCUUUCCACCAAUGGCAGUCAUCAAUAUUAGGGCGAUCACCCAGGACAAGCAGGACCUGCGCAACAUGUACGAGUGCCCGGUGUACAAGACGCGCACGCGCGGGCCCACCUACGUCUGGACCUUCAACCUCAAGACCAAGGACAAGCCCUCCAAGUGGACCCUCGCCGGAGCCGCGUUGCUGCUGCAAAUAUAAAUAAAAUAUCCCAAUAAAAUAAAUCGAUAUACUGACACGAUCUACACUAGAGUAGAUCGUGGGAAGCACCUAAGUGCGGGAGCACAGGGCCGGUUGCUGUGCAGCAGUGGACGCCUUGGGCUAAAACGAACGAAACGAAGUAACAAAUAUUGUGAUAUUAAAAUAGGUAUUCUAAGUUCUUGCUUUAUGUUUGCCUGAAUACAAAACCUUUGCCUUUAUUCAAUCACUUAAAAGUUUGCUAUGUAACGAUACGAGAUCACUCACUAACGUACUAACUUUACACUCGCCAGAUGAUCAAGUAAAUAAAUUACCUAGUCAAUUUAUUAUAAUUUGUGUUUAGAAUAAUAAGAACCUCAAAUGACUUUGAUAGAACACCACCAAUUGUUAAAAAAUCAC